CAUCGGCGUCGUCGAGCGGGCCCGUCGACACUGGCUUCAGGUACCAGACGGGUUCCUGGGGGAAAGCGUGAUGUAGCGCGCCGCACAAGAUGGUCGACAUGACCGUCUUUCCCACGCCGGUAUUCGCGCCAUAGAUCUGAUAUGCGCGCAGUGAGCGGCGCAGAACAGAUCCCGUGAUUCCAGAGGCGGGCAUGCUGCUAGUUGGUGUUCGGUGGUCGCCGCCUGUGAUCGGCUACUAGGAACAACAAAUCGUAGGGGUCGGGAUCUCGCCAACCAUCAACCGCCGAGAUAUUUUACAGGGCAAUAUAACUUUGGCUUUGGUUGAGAUGGUCGUAUUUUACUCAACCCCAACGCUUUUUUUGUUGUUGUAGUCAGCGAUUUAUAUCUUACAUACACAUGCUUAUACCCACCCCUAGUUCCCGUAUUAUCCACAUUAUUAUCGUUAAAGUCGGUUCACAGGGCUAAUGCUCGGCUACGAACGGCGCUCCACGAUGUCUAAAAUAUAAAAUAUGGGCCUCUAUCCACUCCCCACUCCGCGGUCCAGACCUAACGACAUCCAUAUAGCUACUCAUAUCCAUCCGAAGCCCGUCCCCUCCCUCUCUCCCCUCUAAGUCCGCCGUCCCUCCCCCUAAAUCAUCAUGGCCGACCCCCCAGCUGACGCCCUCGCAACUUCCAUGCGCCUCAACCUUUCCAAGCGCGCCGCCAAAUCUUCCCUUCGUGCCCUCACCCUCUCCCCUCCCACCUCCACCGACUUCUCCUCCAACGACUUCCUCUCCCUGUCAUCCUUACCAAGUCUCCAUGCCUCCUUCCUUGCCCACCUCAACUCCUCACCCCAACGCCUUGGUAGCGGCGGUUCCCGCCUCCUCGACGGGAACAGCGCGUACGCGGAGACCCUCGAGUCCGAUAUCGCCUCCUUCCACGGCGCCGAGGCCGGAUGCCUCUUCAACGCCGGCUUCGAUGCCAAUGCGGGCUUCUUCGCAUGUGUGCCCCAGCCGGGCGACGUAGUCGUCUAUGACGCUGCCAUUCACGCCAGCGUGCACGAAGGGAUGCGUCUCUCACGUGCUGGAGCCCGCCUGUCCUUCCGGCACAACGACGUUGAGGAUCUGAAGCACGUGCUUGAGGGGGUCCUGGCGGGAGAUGCGCUCGUAAGGACGGGAAAACGGAGCGUUUUCAUCGCGGUGGAGAGUCUGUAUAGUAUGGAUGGUGACCUAGCGCCGCUUGCUGCAAUUGUGGAAGCUGUAGAGAAGCUGUUGCCCUUGGGAAAUGGCAAGAUCAUCGUGGAUGAGGCGCAUUCGACUGGCCUAUAUGGCGAGAACGGGCGCGGGGUGGUGUGUAGUCUUGGCCUCGAACGGCGGGUAUUUGCGCGCCUGCAUACGUUCGGGAAGGCGCUGGCGUGUAAUGGAGCGAUUAUGCUCUGCUCGCCGCUGACGCGGGAGUAUCUGAUUAACUAUGCGCGCCCGCUCAUCUACACGACUUUCAUGUCCUACCCUUCACUCGUAGCUAUCCGCACCGUUUAUGAUCUCAUGAUAGAUGGUGGAACUGUCACUCCUGCGGCACAUAUGUGGGCGUUAGUAUCGCACCUUCACACACGCCUCCUUGCCCUCUCACUAUCGCCAUCGCACCCCCUUCUGCGCAUCCCACACCUCUGUCCUGAAUCCCCUAUUUUCUCAUUGCUCACGCCGCGACCGCGCGACUUGGCGAGGGAGUGCCAGGCGGCAGGGUUUAUGGUGCGCGCUAUUGUGGCGCCAACUGUUCCGGUAGGAGGAGAGAGGGUAAGAGUUUGUUUGCAUGCGGGGAAUAGUUUCGAGGAGGUGGAGAGGUUAGUAGGGGUUGUAGGGAAGUGGGUGGGGAGGAUGGAGGCGGAGGGGGCAGAGAAAGCAAGGUUAUAGAUGGGAAUUGUACGAUAGAGGAUAAUAUCAAAUGGGCGAACAAAAAGUGAAACCACGGAUAUAUAACAGAAUAAUAUAAAUCCAAGAACCAAUAUAAAAACAGAUAUAUAAAUAGCC